AUGGUAUCUGUUAUCCAAUCGCCGAGUGUGUUCGAAUAUAAAGAAUUGUAUGCUCAAUAUCCAUUGACUAUACAAUGCCGCUGCACUCAUAUUGCGAUAAAAUGUCAACAAUUUAUUUCACAACUGCAACCAACAUAUCACGAGAUCUGUUCGAGUGUUUUUAUUUCAUCGGAAUGGCGUGAAGUCUUGAGACACAUAGCCCAAAUAAUAUCGGGAUAUGCCUUCGGCGAAGAUUACCGGAAUAACAUUGCUUUUCAGUUUGAGGUUGUGUCAAUCCUAUGCAAUUUAUCACUGACCAGUUUCGAACAAACAGAUUUUUUCACUCGACAAGUUCUUUCUCCGACUGAAUUUCAAGUCCAAACGGACACAUUGUUCAAUCAAUUCAAGAAUACCAUAGCCGAUGACUUCAUGCAGACUUUAGAAUUGAUCUUGUUGAUCAAUGAAGGAAAUCAAUUGGCAACUUGUUCUUCAAGAUCCAUCGAUUCAAUCCAAUACUAUUUUUGA